AUGCUCAAAAAGGAGGAAAAAAAUUACUACUUUAGCCAGAGUGUCAUAUUCCACAUGUUGAGAAAACACUACGGCAAUGCAAUCUAUGAAUACGUAACGAACGAAAAAAUUCCUCUAGAUGUGUACAUCAAUCUGCGUAAUAAUGAUCAGCAAAAAAAUGUCGCCAUCGAGUUUAAUGGUAGGACACACUACGUCUUAGUGCUCACCAAAGGGGGGUACUCAACAGACGCUGUGCACUACACAAUGAAACAAAACUGCAAUACCAAGUAUAAAAUGUGGAUCCUCUCGAACUUAAAUUUUUACACCAUUUCUGUUCCGUAUUACUACUGGAAUGGGUUGCACGAAUGUCAGAAGGAGCAACACUUGCUUCAUGCGAUGCAGAUCCUUUAA